ACUUGGGGGCGGCAAAGACGUGUAAAUAAUACACCGACUAACGGUCAUCAUCCAGUUGUUGGAAGAAUUAAAUAAAUCUAGAAAUAAAUCGACUAAUUCUCCUUAAUAUAUCCAAAAUUAUUAUAUUUUCAUGAGUAAACUAGUAAAUAAUAGCGCAUAAGUAGAAGAAAGUCACUUCUUUUAACAGGUUUAAUUCUAUUGGACGACGACGGAUGUUUUAAAUUUUCUGAUUGGCUGUUCUAAAACCGAGCACUAAGUUUUAAACCACGAUUAAUAAAACACGUUAGCGGUAACAUUAUCCGUUUCUACACUUUAUUAUAUAAUAUUUUAUAUAAUCAUUAACACGGUUUCGUGAUACUUUUAAAAACGUUAAGUUGUGUUUCAGCAUCUCCCCGAAGUAAAAAAAAAACAAAAAAAACGACCACCAACCAGAAGCUACGCUCCUGCGUGUUGCUAGGCAGAUUAUGUUAAUAUAUGCAAUGCGGCCAUCUCUGCAGCUACCAUUUCUGGAGGUAAGAACAACUUCUACGCUUUCCACAAAAUGUCAGAAAACGACGAACUGCUUCGCGGUCGGUUCCGUGGCUUAACUGCUCGGCAGUCUUUCUGCUAAUACAAAAUAAAUGUGCGGUUUGUUUUGACGCGUUUGCACCGGUAGAAAAAAUACAUUUUAGUCUCUUCGGUCGUCGGUUGUUGUUGUUAGUCCCACCCAAAAUGGAGCCCGGUCUUCCUUGUUCACGGUAGACUUGAAGGGCUGGGCUCAACUAGGACGGGGGGACGGGCUGUCUCCAGAGUGAAGUGAUAGGCGACGUGCUUGGCGACAGGCCUGGCACCGUGCUGCCAUGGAGACCAAGCAGGAACCCUCUGCUGUGUGGAGUCAGGCUGCGAACAAUGAUCCAGGCAACGGUGCACAGGUGCAUUUCGAAGGCGGCACAGUGGCCCAGAUAGUUUACAGUGGAGAUCAGGCAGACCGGGGACAGCAGCAGGUGGUUUAUACAGCAGAUGGGAACUCCUAUACCUCUGUGGAGUCUGCAGAGCACACGCUGGUCUACAUACAUCCUGCAGAUGGCACUCAGGCUGUCUUCUCUGAUCAGCCACAGGUGGCGUACAUUCAGCAGGAUGGUACAACCCAACAGGUCACAGUUUUGCUGCCCAGUGGACCGAACAUGAACGCUGCCAAUCUGCAUGUUCUCAGUAAUGUCGCAGAGGCUCCUCAAGCUAUCCUGGAGCCAGUUUCCCAGGAGCAGCUCUCUGUGUCCAAUUCGCUCCCCUCCAUGGCUGACAUAGCCGACCCCCCGACCAGUCCGCUAGGGGCCACGGACUCCACAGAUGAUUCUGACGAAGAAGAGGAUGAAGACUCUGAGAUGGAUGACUGGGAACCUCGCGAGCCUCAAUCGUUCAACCCUCACAGCCUCUGGUGUGAGGAGUGUAGUAACGCCAACCCCACUGUGUGUCUGAAGCACGGCCCUCUGCACCCCAUCCCCAACCGACCUGUCAUGUCCAAAGCCCGGGCCAGCCUGCCUCUGGUCCUCUACAUCGAUCGCUUCCUGGGCGGGGUGUUCUCCAAGAGACGCAUCCCAAAGCGCACACAGUUUGGUCCCGUAGAGGGACCCCUGGUUUCUCAGAGCGAACUGCAAGAUCACUACAUUCAUCUUAAACUGUGCAUGUUGGAUGCGGAGAAAGAUGGAGAGAAGUCUGACGACACCUGGUUGGACCUUUCUGAUGAAGAUAGUUGUAACUGGAUGAUGUUUGUGAGACCUGCUCAGAACCACUUGGAGCAGAACCUGGUGGCCUAUCAGUACGGCUCAGAGAUAUUUUACACCACCAUCAAGAACAUCCAACCCAAACAGGAGCUCAAGGUGUGGUAUGCGGCCUCAUAUGCAGAGUUUGUCAGCCAGAAGAUCCACGAUGUUACAGAAGAAGAGAGGAAAGUGCUCCGGGAGCAAGAGAAGAACUGGCCUUGUUAUGAGUGUAACCGUCGCUUUGUGAGCUCUGAACAGCUGCAGCAACAUCUCAACAUGCAUGACGACAAGUUAAACUCUGUUACCAGAUCCAGAGGCCGGGGUCGAGGAAGAGGCAGGAGGAGAUUUGGGACAGGAAGACGACCAGGACGGCCUCCUAAAUUUAUACGUUUGGAACCACCAUUAGAUGCUGGUGGAGACAAGACAACAGAGAUGCUGGAAUUGACGGAGAAGCCCCUGGAGGGGCAAGCAGAGGUAGCGCAGAACGGGCUGAAGGUGGUGGAGAUGGAGCCGGAGGUGGAGCCUGUGACUGAGGCAGAUGGCCAGCUUGUAGCUCCUGCAGGGGAGCCGGUCCCAGAGUCCAUCACCACACCCUCCAGUACGGACCUGCCAGGUCCGCUAAAGGAGGACUCAGCACAGAGCAGCCAAUCAGACACCCACCUCACAUCUCAGGACAUGCGCCGUGCCAAGAGGAUACGGAUGGAUGUGCAGAAUGCAGCGCUGCAGCACCUUUUCAUCAGGAAGAGUUUCCGUCCUUUCAAAUGCACCCACUGCGGAAAGGCCUUCCGCGACAAAGACAAACUGGACCAGCACCAGCGAGUCCAUGGUCGCGAUGCCUACGCCUUUUCCUGCCACAUUUGCAACAAGAGCUUCAUGAGCGACUCAGCCCUGGAGGAUCAUCUGGUGGUCCACACGGAGAACCGCUCCUACUCAUGUCUCUUGUGCCCAGAAUCCUUUGAAAGGCUGGACCUGCUCAAAGACCACGUGGGGGUGCACGCCGUGGACGGCUGCUUCACCUGUCCAUCCUGCAAGAAGACGUUUAGUGACUUCAUCCAGGUGAAGAAGCAUAUCCGCUGCUUCCAUUCAGAGAAGAUCUUCCAAUGCCCAGACUGUGAAAAGGCCUUCUGCCGGCCGGACAAACUGCGCUUGCACAUGUUACGGCACUCUGACCGCAAAGACUUCCUGUGCUCGACAUGUGGCAAACAAUUCAAGAGGAAAGAUAAGCUGCGGGAACACAUGCAGCGCAUGCACAAUCCUGACAGAGAGGCCAAGAAGGCCGACCGAAUCCACCGAUCCAAAACCCUCAAACUGAAGGUGCCCACCACCGACUUCGAGAGCUUCAUGUUCAAAUGCAGAGUGUGCAUGAUGGGAUUCAGACGCAGAGGAAUGCUGGUCAAUCAUUUGUCCAAGCGACAUCCAGAGAUGCGUAUUGACGAUGUGCCUGAGCUAACACUGCCAAUUAUCAAGCCCAACAGAGACUACUUCUGCCAGUACUGUGACAAGGUGUAUAAGAGUGCCAGUAAGAGGAAAGCCCACAUACUGAAGAACCACCCCGGGGCAGAAUUGCCUCCCAGCAUCCGUAAAUUGCGUCCGGCUGCUCCCGGAGAGCCGGACCCCAUGUUGAGCACACACACUCAGCUGACUGGCACCAUCGCCACUGCCCCGGUCUGUUGCCCACACUGUGCUAAACAGUACAGCAGCAAGACUAAGAUGGUUCAGCACAUCAGGAAGAAGCAUCCGGAGUUUGCCCAACUCGCCAACACCAUCCAGACUCCUCUGACUACAGCUGUUAUCAGCAGCGCUCCUGCAGUCAUCAGUGCAGAUGGCACAACAGCUGAGACCGUAGUGACCACAGAUUUGCUGACCCAGGCCAUGACGGAGCUUUCUCAGACGCUGACGACAGACUACCGCACAGCGCAGGGAGACUACCAGAGGAUCCAGUACAUCCCCGUGUCCCAGGCAGGAGGCAACUUGUCCCAGCCGCAACACAUUCAGCUGCAGGUGGUGCAGGUGGCUCCGGCUUCCUCCCCACAUUCCCAGCACCCGACAGUCGAUGUGAGCCAGCUGCAUGACCCUCAUGGCUACAGCCAGCACUCCAUCCAGGUACAACACAUCCAGGUCGCUGAGCCCUCAGGCACUGGGCAAGGUGCCACCCAGGUCACAGGUCAGCCUCUAAGCCCAACCUCUCAGCAGCCUAGUCAGGAGCUGAGCCCCACCCAGCUCACCCCUGUCACCUUAGCUCAGAGCCACACCCUGCAGACCAGCAGCACCCAGCAGCAGCAGCAGCAACAGCAGCAGCAGCAACAGCAGCAGCAGCAGCAGGGCACUGUGCAGCACGCUUACAUACCCGGGAACUGGAACUACAGGGGCUACCCAUCUGAGAUCCAGAUGAUGACUCUACCUCACACACAGUAUGUGAUAGCUGAGGCCAGUACGCCUGUAUCUGGAGUCAACAGCAACCAGGUGAAAACGACACACUACGUCAUCUCCGAGGGUCAGACUGAGCUGGAGUCCAAACAAACGGUUCCCCAGAACACGACCCAGGCCCACACCGAACAUCUGGAGCAGCAGUCGACCAAUCAGCAAGCCACCACGCAGUACAUCAUCACCACAACCACCAAUGGCAGCGGCACUAGUGAAGUUCACAUCACGAAACCUUGAACUGUUUCUGCGAGCGCCCGCACAAACCCGCAGACCGAUCCCGCAUGUAGACCUCAGCAGCUUGUACGCACAUGAAUGAACAAACACAGUCAUAUGCACAUUGAUACAGACUUGUGUACAUACAGAGAUAAACGGAUGGGAUGACUUGAUAACCGGCACAGUUUUAUGUGUUUAGGGAGUGUUUAAGAUGUUGAAUGAGCUGAGAGAAUUAAAAUGAGUUGAGAGUUGAUUUUGAACAGGAAACAUACAGAACAGAAACCGAACUGAACGUUUGUUUAGAAUACGCAGCACCGAGAAGAAGCGUAGAUUGUUUUCAGAGACAUUUUAAUUUACUGCUUUUUUUACUGCUGACAACGGACAUUAUAUGAAACACAGGGUUUUCUGUGCAUGUUUGGAAAGUAUGGACAAUGAACGCGAUCAUCUGAAGUAGAGGAAAGGAUUUGUUGCUCGGUACUCCUACAGGUUUAAAAGUUGCGGACAUUUCUUAAAGUAUUUAAAGGAUUUGUAAGAAGCGAGAUAAAACUGUAUCAAACAAUCCUGCAGCUGUCCUUCUAAAAACAGGUCAUCAUGUUUUUGCCCAGAAGACACCAUCUAUUAUAUCGUAUGUUAACAUAUUGUUGCAUUUCAUUUUGAGAAUCUGUAUUUAUUUCCACGCUGAAUUGUCCUGAUUUCCUCAAAAUCCUUUGUCAUUGUCACAACAUCUGUUUUUUUUUUAUAGUAAAAA